UAACCAGAGCGCGGCAGUUAUAAAAAAUUUCGAGCUAAGGCAGUUUGGAGUGGUGGGCGUUUGAUUAACUCCACUCACCGUACUAAUGACGAGUCAAUACACUGGAUUCAGAGUUGAGCUUACAUCAUCUGAGAUUGGGAAGAUUGUCGGUGUUGUUUCAAGCGUCACCGACAAAAAAAUAAGUCUUACGAACGCUAUUAUUAACGAUUUUCCGCCUACAAUUCCAUCUUUUGCUGUUGAGAGUCAAUUUAUCCAAAAUAUUCGUAUUUUAUCAACUGCAAGUGGUGAUGAAUCUUCCGGCAGUGAAACACCAAUAAUAAAUACAAAAAAAUCUUCAAAUUCUUCUCGUGAACAACGUCGAGAAUGGUUAAGAAAUAUUCCCAAUACUUAUAAUGUUUACGUGUGUCCUGAUUCACCACCUAUUAUUCAUCGAACACCUGGUGCACCAGGAUUUGAUAAGCAUGGAUCUGGACAGUUGAAUGAUUUACAACUUUUAGACAGUGGACUAGCAAAAGUUUCUAUUAGUGAAUCAAAUGACUGUAGUCCUGCUCGUAAAUUUGGUGGAACAAAAGUCCGUGGUCCUUCUAAACGUCGUAGUUAUUCCAUGUCAGAAACAGCUGCCACAACAAGUGAUGUAUCAGGUGCUGAAAGUGACUCAUACAAUCGUUAUCCUAAUUCAUGUACACGCGGUCACUUCAGCGGUGGUGGUGGUGGCGGCGGCGGCGGCGGUAACCGACAGGCUCACAAUCGUGGUCAUUCACGUAAUAAUCAAAAUUACAAUCAUCGUGGUGGAGGAAAUAUUGGAUUGAAUGGCAAUUCUAGUAGUUGUGGAAGUGGAAGUAAUAAUCAUCAGAAAAGCUCAGUUGAUUGGGAUCGUAUAUGUGUUGAAGAAUUUAUCGAUGAAGACUUUGAUUUUGAAGGGAAUUUAGCCUUAUUCAAUAAGAGUGCGUUUUAUGAAAUGGUUGAUCAACGUGAAGGUAAUACAUCAUUUGGAUAUACUACAGAUAUGAACAGUUCAUCUUGUAUUUCAUCUACACCACCAUGCUUUACAGAAGGGCCAGAUGGUGUGGGAAUACCUUUAUUUGCCAUUUCAACUCCAUCUUCCCAUUCAACAAUAACAACAACGACAUCGUCAAAAACAGUUUCAUCCAGAUCAACGAGUACAACAACAUCAUCAGCAUCAUCAACAACAACAACAACACAAAUGCUUCCUGCCACUUCUAUGGAUAGUCAUCAUAAAGACAGGAAUAAAUUAGCCAACAGCACUCCAUUGUCAUCAACUCCUUAUCGAAACAAUAAGUCUCAAAGUCAAUCAGUUGUUUACAAUCCCAUGAAUACAAUACAUUCAGGAGAUAAUGAUGAAUCGAAUAUUGUCAUUCAUGCACAAUCUCGUAGUAAUCCUACACGACGUAAUUCUUCUUCAUGGUGGUACACGUGUACAGGUCAACGUGUUCCAGUAUGUCAUUUAGAACAACGUCAACGUCUUGUACAUUAUUUAGCUACAGGACACUUAGAUAAUCAAACACGAGAUGCAUUGAUAUCAAGUAGUUUGAAUACAAUCAAUACUUUUCAAGGUCUUACAUGGGGUCGAUUGAUUGAAUCUGCUAGUCGUCCUCUAGUUGAUAACAUUAUGAUGUAUUUACGUCAGUCAAGCAGGACACCUCAAAGAGUUGUUCACAGACCUCCAGCUCGUAUACUAAUCAUACCGAAUGGAUCUAAUCAUUUAGGUGCAGUAUUAUCAUUAAGUGUAGCCCGACAAUUGUCGUCCCUGGGAGCAUGUGUUCUGUUGUAUGCUUCAACAUUAUCUACAAAAAAUAGUUCAUCAACAGAUAAAAAUGACGUUGAUAUUGUUAAUGAUGAAUAUCCUGUUAACAAUACUACUAGUAAUAAUAAAAAUAAUAAAUCAAUGUCAAGUAUUUAUCGACAUGAAUUAAAUCUACUUACACAUUUAGCACCUAAACCAAAUCAGUAUGGAUUAGACGAUGAUGAAGAUGAAAGUUAUGAAGAUAAUGAAACGGAUAAUGAUGAAGAUAACCAUGACAAUGCUAAUGAUAAACAACAGCAACAACAACAACAAUUACUUUGUGGUUAUAAUUCUAAAAAUAGUAAUCUUAUUCAAUAUUAUUCAAUUGGAGAUAUCAAUGGAAAUAUUGAACAGAAUGAUACAGAUUUUGAUAAUAUAAGCAGUUGUUUUGGUCAUUCCGAUUCAGUGCAUGCUUCACAGUAUAAUAUUGUUGAUUAUAGUUCUGUUGGUCGAAUGUGGAUGAGUCGUAUGCCUGGACUGAAAAUAAUUCGUCGUUCAUCUUCUAUCACAAAACUGCCUAGUAGUAUACGUAUCGAUUUGGUGAUAAUCGGUCAUUCAGAUGAUGAUAAUGAUAAUACUGAAAAUGAAUUAAAUUCAUCCUUUAAAUCAAAUACAAAUCCACUCAUCAACUGGUUACGUAAUCAUAAUUCUAUUGGUGGAAUUAUUCACUUAACCCCAUGUCAAUCAAUGAUUAAUUCCAAUGAUCUAUUAAGAAAUGCUCAACAAUUUGUUUGGAUAGUUGAAUUAGGCUUACCUGUAUUAACUGCAGUAUCAUCAUUAUCAACAUCUACCGCGGGAUCACCUACUUCUGAUGCCAAUGAAAUAACAGCAUCCAAUACUUCUUCAGCUGCUGCCGCUACUAGUGCAGCAUUAUCAACAGGUGUUUCAUUGCCAUUAACUCAUUUAUUAAUUGAUAUUGGACUUGGACGUAAUAUUGUGCGUCGGUUAACUGGUGAUCUGAAUCUCCUUCCACCCUAUGGUUUAUUCGAUAUGGGUCCUAUGAUCCCUUUGCGUUCUGCUGAUCAGCAUACAAUACCGUCAACAGUAUCAAUGACACGAUAAGAAACCUGUCCUCUUCAAUUGUUCCUUUUUUCAGGCAGAUUGAGUAGUUGGUCGACUCUGAUCACCGCACAUAUAUUGCACAAUCACAGUUCAGUCUACCUCUUUUAUAUUCAUAGUUGUAUACAUAACUGUUUUUUUGUUUUCUGUAUAUGAAGAUACACAACUGGGUUGUAUUUACCGAAUUUUAGUUACUGUGUAUAUCCUUUCUUCUCUACACCCGCCUCUCCCACAAAUAUUUUUAUAAAGACGUGUACAUUUCCAUUGAAUAGUGUAUUUUGCAUUACACGUUUAGAGAUAAUAAAUAAUUUGAUAGGUGUGUUCCUGAGUAUCUUUUUUCUAUGCUAUUAUCUGGUUUAAUUAUUGCUUCUCUUAUAACAAUGGUUUCUUAUGCUGUUAACGGGAUAGAUAUGGUGCUUCAUCAUCAUCAGUGUGUGUGUGUGUGUGUGUGUGUUAUACACAAAAGGAUUGUUUAUCAUGACAAUAGUGAACUAACUGGUAUUUUUCACUUCUCUUUCUCUAAAUCUCUGGCGCCGUAUCCCUCUUACUCUUUUUCUUUAUGAUUAUUUGUAUGUGUAUUUAUUGUGUUUAUACACCGCUUGAUGACCCUUAUAAAUAUUAUCUAAUCGUGUGCUCUUUGUGUAAAAAUUAAAUAAACAAAACAAAAAGAGAGACGGUAGUAAAUGAAUGAAUGGGAUGAACAGAUGUAAAAUCUUUUUUCCCUUGACUU